UCUAAAUGAAAUAAGAAAAUAAUCGUGGACAGCUGUACUGGCCGUUGGAGGUUCUGUACAGUGGGAGUCGGCGAGUGCCGCUUACUGACACAAUGUCACUGCAAAGGUGUCAAACUGAAUGGGGAGAAAUUGACCAAGAAUAUCAACAGUUACAGGAAACUCACAAAGUGUACAGACAGAAGCUCGAUGAGCUCACCAACCUCCAGGCAACAUGCAGCAGUGCCAUUAGUAAACAGAGGAAGGGUCUAAAAGACCUCCGGCACAGUCUGCGCAAAUGUACAAAAACAAGCGAUGAGAAAGAAACAGAACUGAUCAAAGACAUCCAAAUGCAAAUUAAAGACAAAGAACAUUUCUUCUUUGAUAUGGAAGCCUAUUUGCCAAAGAAGAAUGGAUUGUACUUAAAUUUGGUCCUUGGCAAUGUGAAUGUCACACUCCUCAGCAACCAGGCUAAAUUUGCCUACAAAGAUGAAUAUGAGAAGUUCAAGCUUUGCAUGACAAUAAUCUUGAUGUUUGCUGCCAUAACCUGUCUCUUCUUGUUCAAUUACCGUGUCACAGAUGAAAUCUUCAACUUCUUGCUGGUUUGGUACUAUUGCACUUUGACCAUAAGGGAAAGCAUCCUCAUGAGCAAUGGGUCCCGGAUCAAAGGGUGGUGGGUCUCCCAUCAUUACGUCUCUACCUUCCUAUCAGGUGUAAUGCUUACCUGGCCAGAGGGGUCCAUGUAUCAGAUGUUCAGAAGUCAAUUCCUUGCCUUCUCCAUUUAUCAGAGCUUUGUGCAGUUUCUUCAAUAUUACUAUCAAAGUGGCUGCUUAUACAGGUUACGAGCUUUGGGGGAAAGAAAUCAGUUGGACCUCACAGUGGAGGGGUUCCAGUCAUGGAUGUGGAGAGGGCUCACCUUCCUCUUGCCAUUCCUCUUCUUCGGACAUUUCUGGCAGCUGUACAAUGCUUUGACCCUGUUUCGGUUGGCAGGACAUAAAGACUGUAAAGAGUGGCAGGUAUUUAUGUUGGCACUGACAUUUCUUGUCCUAUUCCUGGGGAAUUUUCUUACCACAUUGAAAGUUGUUCGCCAAAAAGUCCAGGAAAACCCAGAGAAGGUGCAAAAGCAAGAGUGACUGCAAGUCUGACUACAGCUCAGACUCCCAAGUGGCCAGUGACCAUGAAACAAAAUGGCACUUUGAAAAGCACAAAUCGAUGGGAAUAUGGACUGCAGGGGGUUUUUGCCAGGAAAAGACAGAGUGAAGAGAACGAUGUGUCUCAGCCUUGAUGACAGCUGCAACAUUAACCAAUAACCUUGGCUGAAUGUGCUUUUGUUUCCAAUAGUUUGUCGUUGUCCUUGCUACACAUGCAAUCACAACACAGAGCGGCCUUCUUCUGGCAGAUGAACCACUGCGAUCCUGGACCAUUUGAGGCUUGAUCCUGUAGAUUUAGAGUAAUUGGACAGACCUAUUCAUUAUGGUGUGGAUGUAUUUAGGACAGAGCAUGAACUACAUGUACAGAGAUCCACUCUUUAAACUAUAUGCAACUAAACAAAGACGGGUAGCAUUAGGUCAUGAGAAGAGGUUAGAUUUACCUACAAAGUAUAUGUACUGUCAAUACUUCACACAGCUGUUUUCGGUAUGGAAUAUUUGAAUACAUCCACGGCACAGCAAUUUUCACUGUUCGCAACUACAAGUGUCUCGUUUUGAUAUAUUCUUCAGUAAAGAUGCAUUGAACUAUA